AUGUCAAAUAUUGCUGAGUCAAUCAGUGCCGCACUAGUUUCAGCAAGGGAAUUGUCAAUAUACGACUUCCUCGAAGAAGUUAGGAAGAUGUUUGGACGUUGGAGUUGUAGUAAUCGUAAAGAAGCUACACAGACAUAUACGACGCUUGGAAAAAAAUACCAGGAUAUGCUGAUUUUGAAUAAGGCUAUGUCAACACGUAUGACUGUGGUACCAUCAACUGAAUACUUACAUACGGUUAACGAUGGAGGGAGGAAUUACACAAUAUGCCUGUUAGAGAGAAAAUGUGUUUGUGGGAGGUUCCAAGUUGAUGAAUUGCCAUGCCCACAUGCUUGGGCUGUAUUGAAGAGCAAGUUUCUAAUGCCAGAAGAAUACUGCUCUAACUAUUACAAACCAAUUACUGUUGUAAUGACAUACGAUGUUCCCGUGUACCCGCUACCGGAUAGAAAUGACUGGAAUAUACCAGCACAUGUUGCAGAGGAGGUUGUACUACCACCCAAAUAG